AUGUAUUAUCACUUCCUCCUCCCAAUCCUCCCCCUCCUCCUCUACCCACCCCCCACCCACCCCCAAAAAAUCGGCCUCUACCAACCCGAAACCCACCCCCCCCUCCGCUGGACACACUGCACCGCCCCGAACCAAUGCACUCCCGUCCCCGGCGCCGUCACCCUCGACGCCAACUACCGCUGGCUACACCGCGUCAAUAGCUCCAUGAGCUGUUUCUGGGGCAACACCUGGGACGAGACGGUGUGUGAUAGCGCGGCGAAUUGUACGGAGACGUGCGCUAUUGAGGGGGCGGAGUAUGGGAAGGUUUAUGGGGUUGAGACGUUUUCGAGGGGGGGACUAGAGAGUAGAGGGGAUGGGGGGGAAGAUGCGAUAUCGUUGAGGUUUAGGGUGAAUUUUGAUUAUGCGUAUAAUAUUGGGUCGCGGCUGUUUUUGCUGGAGCCCGAGUCUUCUUCGUCUACAGAUCCAGAACCGGAUUACUCGCAAGCCCGCUACCAAACCUUCACCCUCCGCGACUCGGAACUCGCCUUCGACGUCGACCUGUCCACCGUCGCAUGCGGCAUCAACGGCGCGUUGUCCUUUGUCCGCAUGCCCGCUGACGGCCAAGAAGAAGAGCCCACAGCCAACGCGUUCUACGGAACAGGCUACUGCGACGCGACCUGCCCUCGCUCCCAGCACUUCAUCGGCUCCCACGCCAACUUCGACGACUGGCUUCCCUCUUCCACCGACCCGGUCGGCGGCACAGGCCGGUAUGGAGCGUGUUGUGGGCAGUUUCGGGUGUGGGAUGGGAAUGCGCAUUCGUUUAGUAUGUCGGCGCAUGUUUGUCCCCCUGUACCAAAAGGGGGUGAUGGGGGAGGGCAGGUGGACGGCGGGACGGUGAGGGUUUGUGAGGGGGCGGAACAGUGUGAUUAUUAUGAGGGGGAGAGGGGGGAGAAGUGUGAUUUUUGGGGGUGUGGGUGGAAUCCGUACAGGAUGGGGGGGAGGGGGUUUUAUGGCGUUGGGGGGGAGGUUGAUACGGGGAGGGUGUUUACAGUGGUCACCCGCUGGACGGCAGAGCGCAUCACGCAGUUCCUGAUCCAAGACGGGCAGACAUUCGAGGUCCCGGCGCCGACGUGGGAGGGUCUACCAACAAAAUCCGGGCUGUCGGCCGACAUGUGCGAGGCGCAGCGGGUCGUGUUUGGGGAGCGGGAUAAUAUGCUGGAGAAUGGGGGAUGGGAUGCGGUGGCCGAGCAGUUGCUCGACCAGCCGAUGGUGUUGAGUUUGGGUAUUGGGGAUGAUCACUUCGCCUGGAACCUCUGGUUGGACUCCAUCUACCCAACCGACGCAAGCGCCGACCUCCCCGGCGCAGCAAGAGGAGACUGCCUCCCAGCAGAAGAUAGUGACCCACAGGUGGUCGAGAACACAAAUCCAGCGGCGUACGUGAUCUGGUCGAAUAUCCGGUUUGGGCCGAUUGGGUCGACGGUGGAGGUUUAG